AUGAUCUUGAGGAAGAGCCGGUCGUUGUUGUCAGUUUUAUGCCAUCGGCCGUGCGCCGCCGUCCAUUCUACAGUCACAUCGUGCCCGAAGAGCACCAACAAUACGAGUAAAAUGCGACGGUCGGGCGGCGCUCACCUAACCCACGCCCUGAUCGUGAUAUUCCUGGAGUAUUUCGCGUGGGGAUUGUUGACAGUGCCUGUGAUCAAUGUAAGUUUAUGUUCUUGUUAUUGUGUUUUGGUUUUUAGAUACGAUUUGAACGGAUUUUGAAGGAUUUUCGACGAGUUUUGUGGUUUUUGGCUAGAUUUGAUGUUUUAGGCGGAUAGUGAAGUUUUUCUUAAGUUUUUAGGUAGUAUUUGGAAGAUUUGUUUAUUCUUUUGCUACAUUAUACCUUUUUCUUUGAUUAUUGAACUUUGGUUUAACUAUUUUAGAGAUUUGAAGGUGGUAUAGGACCUCUUCUGGAUAUUAACCAUGCAAAAGUGUGCUUAAAUUGGUUUUGCACAUAAAUUUCAUUAAAAAGUAGAUAUAAACGUAAAAUUUACGCAAACCUUAGUUUAUUGAUUUUGUUAGCUAAUGCAAAAAAGUGAGCUUUAAAGUUUAUAAAAAUCUGGAUGUUAUGGUAGUUUUACUUUUCAUUACCUUUUGAGAAUUGGUGAACUUUGAGCAAGUCUUGCCAUUUCUUUUUAAGACUAUUUGAGAUAAAUCUAUAAAACACGUUAUGAAAAGCGUAAAAGCAGUAUACAGUCUAACAUUUUCACAUCUUUAUAUUAUGUUACAACAAAGUUAUAUUAAAUUGAAAAUGUCGAAAAUCAAAGAAAUUUCGAAUUCGCUGAACAACACAUAAAACAACACGAUUUUUUAAUAGUUUAUUCUUUCAGGUACUGGCCGAAACCUUUCCAACCAACAAAUUCCUAAUGAACGGGUUAAUAUUAGGCUUAAAAGGACUGUUAUCCUUCUUAAGUGCACCAUUAGUAGGAUCGUUGUCGGAUAUAUGGGGCAGAAAGAACUUUUUAUUUAUUACUGUUUUCUUCACUUGCAUGCCUAUUCCUUGUUUGAAGAUCAGUGCGUGGUAAGUGUUUUUUAAGCAAUUUAAAAUUUUAAACAAUUUGUUACCUAAAAAUUAUAUUUUGGUUUAAAGGCUUUAAAAUGGCAUUUUUGAAAGAUUUUUUGCUUAAAACUUUUAAAAAAUAUGAUUUUUGGGUAACCUAUUACCUAAAAUUUAAAUUUCUGGUCCUUUUGAAUAGUUUUUCCUCAUUCAGGUGGUACUUCACAUUAUUCACCUUGUCCGGCUUCUUCUCCGUCACAUUUUCCGUAGCGUUAGCGUAUGUAGCAGACAUUACCGAGAAGCAUAAUCGAGCAAGAGCUUGUGGCUAUGUGUCAGCAACUUUUGCCGCCUCUUUGAUCACAUCACCAGCCUUGGGGGCUUACAUUUCCAGCACUUACAACGACGAAUUGGCUGUUUGGAUUGUAAGUUUUUGAAUUUGUGUUUUUUGGUUUUUAGGUAACAAAUAGUGAUUUGAAAGGGAAGGAGGAGAUUUAUUGUGGUAUAGAAGGCGUUUUGAGUGGAAAUUGAGAAAAGUUAGCAAGCAAUCUGUUUACAGAAGAAUAAAUGGCAAGAACUUAGUUUACAAACUAAAAAAUGGCAAAAACUUUCUUUACAGAACAAAAAAACGGCAAAAGAAUUUACGUUUAUUACCUAAAAUAACCUAAAACUUCGAUUUCAGGCCACUUCCGUAUUCGCCCUGGACCUGUUAUUCAUUGCACUGUGCGUUCCCGAAUCUCUGCCAGAAAUUGUGAAUCGAAAGCAAAAGGAAGCCCAAAAACUACCGCCAUCACCUCUAACUCUAAAUGAAUCUUUCAACUGGCAAUCGAUCGAUCCAUUCAUGUCAUUGAGGAUUAUCGCUAAAGACUCCACCGUUCUACAACUGUCGGCGGUCGUAUUCCUGUCGUUUCUACCGGAAUCUGGGCAGUUUUCAUGCUUCUUUGUUUAUUUGAAAUUGGUAAGUUUAGAUUUUAAAGAUAUUAUUACUUUACUGCACAGUGCAGUUUUCUAUUUGAUUGCACAGCGCAGUCGCUAAAUUGCUUGCACUGUGCAGUUUUUAAAUUUGACUGCACGAUGCAAAAAAAAUGAAGAAUUUGAAAAAAGUUGUUUUUGCAUUAGGAAUGAGGAUUUUUUAAAAAUUUUAAUUUAAAAAAUUUCGAAAUUUUUUUAAGCUGACUGCAGGGCCGGGCGGGGACUUUUGGUCUGGGGGCAGGGGUCCAAAAAAUCCGCACAGGUAGGUUUUUUCGAAAAUUUGCUAGAUUGAUUGCACCGUGCAGUCAUUAAAUUAACUGCACGGGGUAAUUUUUAUGAGGGUUUUCAAAAUCUUUAAAUUUGAAAAAAUAAUUUUAUUGUUAUUUGUAAGUGUUUUAUUGCCUAAAAUAACCUAAAAAUUAAAUUUUGUUGUUAAUUCUCUAUUUUUCAGAUGCUAGGAUUCUCUCCAGAAGCCGUAGCAGCCUACAUAGCCUUUGUAGGUGGAUUCUCGGUCCUAGCCCAAACUGGUGUCCUACCGGUCCUAACCAAGCGAUGGGGCGUCAAGCAUUCGAUAUCCUUUGGUCUAAUAGCACAAUUCAUUCAAUUGACCUGGUACGGCGUGGGUACCCAGUUCUGGAUGAUGUGGGCGGCCGGCCUCUUCUCAGCUCUCUCAUCCUUAACAUACCCAGCCAUAUCAGCUUUUGUGUCAAUCCAGACUAGCCAAGAUAUGCAAGGAACGGUCCAAGGCGUAAUGACCGGCAUCCGAGGCCUAUGUCAAGGUUUUGGACCGGCGGUGUUUGGCUUCAUCUUCUACAUGUUUGACAUGGACCUGAGUGCGGAUGGCGACGAACCAACCGGGCAUAUUGGUGUAGGGCCCCAGUUCCCAAUGCCUCACAUCAGGCUUCAGCCAUUCGAUAACAAAAUCAUCGCUCCGAUCAAGAAUGAAACGAUAGUGGAACAGCGGAUGGAUCAGAUUCAUGUAGGUUUAAAUAGGGAGGGGGGGGAUUUUGGGAUGCAUUUUAUUAGAUGUGAAUUGAAGUUUUAGGCCUAAAAGGCCUUGUUUUAAGUGUGGAUUUAGUGGAGGAGGAGGGGGGGGGGUGGAGGGGAAGGUUGGGGUAGGACAUGGCAGGAAGAUUAUAAGGUUUUUAGGUUAAGAAGGUCUAGUUUUUGAGGGUUUUAGGCUUAAAAGGUCUAGUCUGUUGCUGGCUGUAGGCCUAAAAAGCUUGGUUGUGUAGGUGUUAGGCUUAAAGCAGUAUUUUUUUAGGGUUUUAGGCUUAAAAAGCUUUGUUAUUGUAAGAUUUAGGCUUGGAAAGUCUUUUUUUUAUAGGUUUUAGGCUUAAAAGCAGUAAUCUUUUUAGAUCUGUGUGCUUAAAAGUGCAGUUUCUAAAGGUUUUGGGCUUAAAAGCAGUAAUCUCUUAUGAUCUGUAGGCUUAAGUGCAGUAAUAUCUUUAGAUCUGUAGGCUUAAAAGCAGUAAUCUUUAUAGAUCUGUAGACUUAAAAGUUCAGUUGUUGAGGUUUAGGCUUAAAAAUUUAGGCAUCACAGGUUUUUGGCCUAAAAAGUCUAACUUCUUUCUUCAUGCCUAAAAAUUUUUUUUCUAGAUUUUAGGCUUAAAAAGUCUAACUUCCCAAGCUUUUAAUGCAGCAGGUUUAUUACGCAACAACUUGAAAUUUGAAAAAAUUGAAAUUUUGAUAAAAAUUUUCAAAAUUUGCUCCGAUCCAACCGUCUUUUAUCUUCCUUGUCCACCAUUACCCAAAGAAUUGAACAAGUUCUGAAGGAACUGUUGUAAUUUCUCCAAACAGCUUUUGUCAUUAUUAUUCUGACGUUUGGCUCGAAUGGCAGAAGCAUACGGUACAGAUUCAAAGGUCUUUUCAAUCUUGGCCGAGCUAGAACUACUGACUUUGGGCACGGAUUCGAAAGUCUUCUCGAUCUUGGCCGAGCUAGAGCUACUGACCUUGGGCACAGAUUCGAAAGUUUUCACGAUCUUGGCUGAACUGCUGAGCUCGGAAGCGGAUUCAGAAGCCAUGACGGUGAUGAGAGUGAUGAAGAUGGUAGUCAUAGUGAAGAUAAGGGUCAUGAACUUCAUUUUUAACUGUGGUUUAGGUAGUUCUUGGGGUUGAAAGAGGGUUUUAGAGGCUUCGAAGGAAUGGUGUUACAGUAGAAUGGGUGGUAAUUUGUUACGGUAACUUUUUUACAGUAAUAUUUGUUGUAACGUUGGUACUGUAGAAGGGGUACAGUAGCUAAGCUUGUAUUGUUGUAGUAAAAUUACAGUAAGUAAGAGCACCGUAUGGUACAGUAGGAAGGGGACAACUAUGUUACAGUAUGUAUACCUAGUAAAAUACAGUAACUUUUGUAAAAUACAAAGCGCAAUAUGUAGUGGCUACAAUAAUAUUAAGCGUUAUUUAAAUACAAAUUGACGUUGUUAUUAUUAGUCUGUCAUAACAAAGUCAAUAUUGAUCCAACUGGUGACCCAUUUGGACACACCACGCAUAUAAAAAAUAAAAAAGUUAAUUUUUGUUGUUUAAAAGUGUCAUAAUACAAAAUUUGAACAAUUUUCAACAAAUUUUGAAGUUUCCGAAGUUUCUCUAUUAUAAGAUUGAGGUGGAUGUUAGGGUUAGUCAUGGACAUUGAACUUGCUAGGGGUAUAGGGGGGGGAGGUCGGUUAAGUGGGAUGGAUCCACCAUCUUGUACAUGGAUUUAACAGGGGUUUUAAAGAAAUGGAGAGAAAGUUUUUGCCAUUUUUUGAUUUGUAAAAAAGUUCUUGCCAUUUUAUUUGUAAAGAAAGUUCUUGCCCUUUUAUGUUUUGUAAAGAAAGUUCUUGCCAUUUAUUGUCAUGAGACCAAAUUUCGUGCAACUUCGAAUUCUAGUAACAAUGUUAUGAUAAUUUUCAAAAAGUGAAAUUUGAGUGGAAGAUUGGUAAUGUAUUUUGCACUAAAAAUGUUCCACCAAACUUCCACUUUUAAAAAGCUUUAAAAACAUGUUUUCAGGCCAUUUUGAGACAUUUUGAAAAUGGAAGUUGAGUGGAAGAUUUUUAGUGCAAAUUACAUUACAAAUCUUCCACUCAACUUUCACUUUUUAAAAAGUUUGAUUUUUUGCUUUGUAAAGAAAGUUUUUGCCAUUUUUUUGGUCUGUAAAGAACAUUAUGGCUAUUUUAAAGCUUUUUCAAAGAUAAUAUGUAAUACUAAAUUCUUCCUUUUCAGAACCUAAUCCCAGGGCCUCCGUUCCUGUUCGGCGCUCUACUCGUAUUCAUGGCCCUGAUGGUGAACAUCAACAUGCCUUCGGCCAAGAAACACCCCAGCCUGCGGCGGGCGACCUCCGGCUCGGCCCACAUGGACACGGCGCUACUAAUGGGCGACGACAAAGAAGACAAAGAUUAG